AUGUUGUUACGUAAACGCCCCUGUCUGUCCUUCCUGGCCCCGUUCCCACCCAUCCAGGCAGCAGGAGCAGCGGGAGGCACAGCAGCUUCGCUCGUUCGGGUGCCCACUGAGGUGGUGAAGCAGCGCAUGCAGACGGGGCAGUUCCCCACUGCAGUCACCGCUGUCAAAACCAUUCUCUCAAAGGAGGGAUUCAGGGGGCUCUAUGCGGGUUAUGGCUCCUUCCUUCUGCGAGACCUGCCAUUUGAUGCCAUCCAGUUUGCCAUCUACGAGCAGCUUAAGAUCCGACUCAAGAAAACGCUGAAGCGGGAUCUUAAGGAUGCAGAGAUGGCAGUGGUGGGGGCAGUUUCAGGUACCAUCACAGGCGCUGUCACCACUCCCCUUGAUGUCAUCAAGACUCGACUCAUGACCCAGGUGUGCCACGCUGCGUCAAUGUAG